AUGUUGGAGUUGCUCAAACGUCGGCCGCUCAAACGCCGGCCGUUCAAGUGGCCACUCAAAUGUCCGAUUCGCUCAAACAUCGGCCGCUCAAGUGUCGGUCCUUCAAAUAUCGGGGUCCCUCAAAUGUCGGCGCUCAAACGUCGGCCGCUCAAACGCCGGCCGCUCAAGUGUCGGGGUCGCUCAAGUGUCGGAGUCGCUCAAAUGUCGGGGUCGCUCAGGUGUCGGGAUCGCUCAAGUGUCGGGGUCGCUCAAGUGUCGGAGUCGCUCAAAUGUCGGGGUCGCUCAGGUGUCGGGGUCGCUCAAAUGUCGGGGUCGCUCAAGUGUCGGGGUCGCUCAAACGUCCGCCGCUCAAACGCUAACAAUUUUUCAUGGGAAGUAUAG